CGGAAGCGAUCGAUCUCUCGUGCUCGAGAAGCGCCGCGAUGCCUUCGACCAAGUCGUUUCCUGCGAUAACAGGGGGCUGUGUGUGCAAUACGGUCCGAUACCGGUUACUCACGUCACCUCUCUUCUGCCACGCGUGCCACUGUCUCGACUGCCAGCGAGUGUCUGGCAGCGCAUUUAUUCUGUCCCUGGAGAUUGAGCUGUACAACAUCAAAAUCAUCUCGGCCACACUACCGGCGUUCACCAAGCACGAGCCCAAGCCCGGUGUCUUCGAGCAGUUUGCAGAAUGCCCAAAGUGUCGGGUCCGCUUGUGGGCGGAUAGCAUGGUGGAAGAAGCCGUCUGUGAUGUUCGCGUGGGUACCCUGGACUUUCCUAGCCUGAUGGAGCCCGAUCUGCAUAUCUUUGUCGAGAGCAAGCUUGACUGGGUGCGUUUGCCGGACGGGGCCCGGACGAUGCUCAAAGGUGGGAAUGUACAGCAAUUUUGGCCAAAGAGUAGUUUAAAGAGGCUUGAGAUAUGCAGACAGAGAGUUGAGGAGGCCAAGCAGAGAAGAGCUGCUGCGUUGACAGGGGUAAAGGACGCUGCGAAGAGUGGAGGUGAAGGUGGUGUAGAAGAGGUGGAUGGAGAGGGCGACAAGACACCUACUGCUUUGGAGUUUAGCAGAGAAGACGACGAAGAGUUUGAGGUGAGAUUUAGGGAAAAGGAGAAGGCGUUGCAGGAUCGGUUGGAGAAACUCAGUCUCAAGUUGGGUGAGAGAAAGGGCUCCGAGAUGGAUCAAACAAGCGUUCAGUUGGCUGAGCCUGAUCCAGAUAAGUCAAGACAGGAUACAGGAGUCGUGAGUUGAACAGGAUGUCCGAGGAAAUCAACUUUAUUAUCUUAAUAUGCUUUUUGGGGUUUAGGGAUGAGUAGAAGAUCUCGGUGUGGAUUCGGGAUCAAGCGCACUACACAUUACUUAGUGUCCUAGAAGAUUGGGGAUAAGCAGCUCUCCGUGUCCGUUCCAUAUAUUAAUAUCAGAAUUCGAAAC